UCUUUGGUAUUCUUCAGUGAAAGCGCCUGCGCCAGCUAGCUGUACGUGACGUCAAAACCAACAUGGCGGUCAAGGUGCAAUCCACCAAACGGGCAGACCCGAGCGAGCUGAAGGUUAUCUUUCAGAAGCAUGCCAGUGUGGUGGAUGCGGAUGGUGAGAAGUUGAUGACCCCGGGGGACUUUGUGCAGAAGUACCUUGGCCUGCAAACACAGAUCCACCACAACCCCAAAACUGUCCAGCUCAUCGCAGGUGUAGCUGAUACCACCAAGGACGGGCUGAUCUCGUUCCAGGAGUUCUUAGCGUUUGAGUCGGUGCUGUGUGUUCCGGAUGCACUCUUCAUCGUAGCCUUCCAGCUGUUUGACAAGACAGGCACUGGAGAUAUCUCUUUUGAGAAUGUGCGGGACAUCUUCAGCCAGACCACAGUGCACCACCACAUCCCCUUUAAUUGGGACUGUGAGUUCAUCCGCCUGCACUUUGGACACGACCGCAAGAAACGCCUUAGCUACCUUGAGUUCACCCAGUUCCUACAGGAGUUGCAGUUGGAGCAUGCCCGCCAGGCCUUUGCUCAGAAGGACAAGAACAAGAGUGGCACCAUCUCUGCCAUGGACUUCAGUGACAUCAUGGCCACCAUCCGACACCACGUGCUCACACCGUUCGUGGAGGAAAACCUGGUUUCGGCUGCGGGGGGCAGCACCUCUCACAUGGUCAGCUUCUCCUACUUCAACGCCUUUAACUCUCUCCUCAACAACAUGGAGCUGAUCCGCAAGAUCUACAGCACACUGUCCGGGACCCGCAAGGACACACUGGUCACUAAAGAGGAGUUUAUCUUUGCUGCUAACAAGUUUGGCCAGAUCUCUCCCAUGGAGAUCGACAUCCUGUACCAGCUAUCAGGCCUGCACUCCCACUCUGGACGUCUGAACUUUUCGGACAUUGAGAGGAUAGCCCCACUGGAGGAGGGAGCGCUACCCUAUCACCUGGCUGAGAUACAGAAACAGCAGAGCCAGGGUGAUGGUUCCAGGUCAGUGUUGCUGCAGGCUGCAGAGUCGGCCUACCGGUUCAGCUUGGGCUCUAUUGCUGGAGCUACGGGAGCCACGGCGGUGUAUCCUAUAGACCUGGUGAAGACCAGGAUGCAGAACCAGAGGAGUACAGGCUCGUUCGUAGGAGAACUUAUGUACAAGAACAGCUUUGACUGUGCCAAGAAGGUGCUGCGCUACGAAGGCUUCUUCGGCUUCUACAGAGGUCUUCUUCCCCAGCUCAUAGGCGUGGCUCCAGAGAAGGCCAUCAAACUCACAGUGAAUGACUUUGUGAGAGACAAGUUCACCGGUAAAGGUGACACCAUUCCCUUUGCUGCUGAGGUGCUGGCUGGAGCCUGUGCAGGGGGUUCCCAGGUGGUCUUUACUAACCCGCUGGAGAUAGUCAAGAUCAGACUGCAGGUGGCAGGAGAGAUCACCACAGGGCCCAGAAUCAGCGCCCUCAGUGUCAUUCGAGACCUCGGCUUGUUUGGCCUCUACAAGGGUGCUAAAGCAUGUUUCUUGAGAGACAUCCCUUUCUCAGCCAUCUUCUUCCCGGUGUACGCCCACACCAAGGCUCAGUUCGCCGACGAGCAGGGAAGACUGGGCGCGUUACAGCUGUUAGCUGCUGGAGCCAUCGGAGGUAUCCCUGCUGCCUCUCUGGUGACGCCUGCUGAUGUCAUCAAGACACGCCUGCAGGUAGCAGCGAGGGCGGGACAGACCACCUACACUGGAGUCACGGACUGCUUCAGGAAAAUCAUGCAGGAGGAGGGAUUCAGAGCACUGUGGAAGGGAGCUGGAGCUCGUAUGUGUCGAUCCUCUCCUCAGUUUGGGGUGACUCUGGUGACCUAUGAGCUUCUACAGAGGUGGUUAAAUGUGGAUUUCGGAGGACAUCGUCCAUCAGGGUCUGAGCCCACUCCUAAGUCUCGUAUCUCGGAGCUUCCUCCGGUCAGCGCUGACCACGUGGGCGGCUACCGUCUGGCUACGGCCACCUUCGCUGGUGUGGAGAACAAGUUUGGCCUCCACCUGCCCAAGUUCAAGUCCUCUGGAGUGGUCUCCAUACACCAUGACACCUCUUCUGCUCCCCCCCAAGAGGAGGCUACUGCCCCCUAAAGACUGCCCCUCUAGCUACCGGCCACCACUCCACUAGGGCUAUACACUUAGACACACACACACACACACACACACACACACACACACACACACACACACACACACACUCCUAGGGGCCAUGCACAAAAAUACAUACUAAUACACACACACUCAGUUCGAAGGGCCAUGUAACCAGAAAUGCACACACACUCCCAGGGUCCAUGUAACCAGACGUACACACAGGACGUACACACAUACACACUGCCCCCCACCCCUCCCCUCCCAGGGACUACUUCAGUGCUCUCUCUCCCUGGUCCUGGAGAGCUGACUGUAGGUCAGUAGUUAAAGCUCAGUCAGUAACCUGAACACUGUACUGUACUGUGUUGUUUCUCCAGUGGCUGCAUGCUCCUCUUCUCUUCUCUCCAUCCCUCUUCAUCUGAAACGUGUAGUUGAAAAGGAGCCUCGUCUCUCUCUGUCCCUCCCUCUACUCCUCUGCUCUCUUCCAUUUCUCUCCCCAUUCCCCUUUCUCUCUCCCCCAUUCCCCUUUCUCUCUCCCCCAUUCCCCUUUCUCUCUGCUGGCUCCUCUUCUCAUUAAUAACUGAUUUUGAUUUUCAAAUUUUUCUUUGAUGCACAGUGUGUGUAAGGCUACUAUGAUUGGACAGUGUGUAGGGGAUAUUUGAUUGGACAGCGUGUGUAAGGCUUUACUCUGAUUGGGCCUUGCACAAGAAGUUACUGUACAUAUUGUAGAUCUGCUGUACAGAGACGUGACACUGCUGGAAAGAAAAAGUGUUACUGUAAUGUUGGACAACAAUCUUAUGGUAAUCUUAGAGCAACACCAUGAUGAGAGAAAUGUUUUGGUGACAAGUGUUGCAGUAAUGUUAGAAAGCAACAUGACGGUAAUGUUAUGUUAGAAUGACGUUGGGACUCCGUCUCUUGAAUCACUCUUACUGAUUGAUGUACAGACAAUUUCAACAUGUGUUUGAGGAGAAUCAUGAGCAAAGGAUUAGACCAUAACUUAAAUCCAUUUCAAUUCAUUCUGUGUAUUUUAUUGAAAUAAAUAAAUCAUAUGUAUGGUUUUAAAUUUA